UGGCGUUUUAUUGCUGCUUGCCACUUCACCACGAUUUACGUUUUAAAUUUAUCGAAGACAAAAAAAUUAGCAGCAGCUAAUUUUGCCUUCUGGUCAUCGGGCCUCAUUAUCUUGCAUGCGACUGCAGAACCCAUAAUGAUUGUUAGAAAGUGGGAGUUAUUGUAAUUUGUUGCACAUAACAACGAGUGUUGCAGCAUGAAGUCCGGUGGAAUAGCAAUUCCCGUGGAUGCAUCAUCCCGUGCAGAUCUGCAGUAUUCCAGUCCGUAUGGCGCCAACAAGCAGCGACGGCGCUUUGCCCUGGGACGCUCAUGGAAUCGUCUUUCAAAGCUCCAGCGCUAUCUGAUAAUCUGUUUUCUUCUCUUUAUUGUUUUUCUUAUUUUAAUUAAACUCCAAUCCACCGAUACCUCAGCGGAGAAUGCCGAGGGCUUUGCACCUAACCCGCGGAGGCAUGUCGCCAACAAUGCAGACAGUCAGCAUAUCAACCCGGAGGAAAUUGUGCUCGGUGAAGAGAAAGCGGCGAAAAAUGAGAAAGGAGGACGCUACAUAUCGCCCGACGUGGAGGGCAGUCCCGAUGAGGAAUUAGGCAAUGAUUCCGUGGGGGGUGGGUUGGGGGGCGACGGCGAGGGUGAUAACAAGGUUCCUGAUCACGACACAAAACAUGCUCGGGGGAAGCAUGGUGAUGCGGAAAAGGAGGGCAAACAGGAGAAGGUGGACCCCCUGGAAAGGAUACAGGAGGGUAUGGUGAUGCCUCGACCGAAGAUAUUUGCAGGAUCGGAUAAUGACAGGCAGAAGAAGGUAGUGGAAGCGUUUAUCCAUGCAUGGGAUGCGUACAAACGGUAUGCGUGGGGCCAUGAUGAACUGAAGCCAAUUUCCAGGACUUUUAAAGAGUGGUUCCAUAUCGGAUUGACGCUCAUCGAUGCACUGGAUACAAUGUACAUCAUGGGGCUUACAAAAGAAUUUGAAGAGGCCAAGAAGUGGAUUAGUGAAAGUUUAACGUUUGAAAAAGACGUGGAUGUGAAUUUGUUUGAAAUUACUAUUCGCGCAUUGGGAGGAUUAUUGAGUGCUUAUCAUUUAUCCGGCGAAGAUGUCUUCAGGCAGAAAGCACUGGAUCUGGGGGAUCGAUUAACGGCGGCUUUUGGUACCGACUCAGGAGUACCGUAUUCCGAUGUCAAUAUCAAGACACGCAAAGCACAUGCCCCCAAAUGGGGUCCGGAUAGUUCAUCGGCCGAAGUUACAACGAUUCAGCUGGAAUUUCGUGAUCUGAGCUACGUAUCCAAUGAUCCCAAAUAUGAGAAAUUUGCUUUCCGGGUAUCCGAGCAUUUUCACAAACUGGAGAAGAAAGACGGACUAAUUCCCAUCUUUAUUAACGCUGUCACGGGUCAGUUCCGAGCCGCUUCCACAAUCACCUUUGGAGCGCGCGGCGACUCGUAUUAUGAAUAUUUGCUCAAACAGUGGAUUCAAGAUGGGAAACGAACCGAUUGGUUACGAGCGGACUUUUUGGAUGCAGUCACCGGAGCUCAGAAGCAUAUUGUCCGAACGUCGGUGCCAAAUAAACUGGUCUUCAUUGGAGAGCUUCUUGGUGAGCGAUUUAGUCCGAAGAUGGAUGCCUUGGCCUGCUUUUUUCCUGGUACUCUGGCACUAGCUUAUAUGAAUGGUCUUCCGACUGAGUUAUUAACGCUGGCUGAACAGAUUGCCAACACCUGUCACGAAAUGUAUGUAAGAAUGCCGACGCAUCUUGCUCCUGAGAUCACCUAUUUCAAGGUGGAAGGCGGACUUGAAGUGCCACCGGAUACAGUGGAUCUGCAUGUUCGCGACAAUGAUGCGCAUGCGCUACUGCGACCCGAAUUCAUUGAAAGUUUGUUUUAUUUGUUCCGCAUCACGAAAAACACUACCUACCAGGAUUGGGGAUGGGACGUUUUUAAUGCUAUUGAAAAGCAUGCAAAGAUAAAGACCGGUGGAUAUGCAUCCAUACAAGACGUCCGCAAAGCGGACAACGUGGAACAUAGGGAUCACAUGGAAAGUUUUUUGUUGGGGGAGACUUUUAAGUAUUUGUACUUGUUACUGGGAACUGAUCAGACUCAACUGCCUCUUGAUGAAUAUGUCUUCAAUACGGAAGCGCAUCCUUUACCGAUAAGGAAAGGAUGAGUUGAUCGUAGUUUUAUUGCAGUUUGUGUGUUUGUUAACUUUUUUUUAAAUUUCUAUUUUUACUCCGCUAUGUGAUAAUAAUUUUAUUAAAUCUUGCAAAACGGCAGACAUUCGCUAAAGGGCGCGAUGCCGGUGCAGUUCUUGGCGCAGAGAACAAUCGGUUUACAAUUAUUUUCGUGUUUUUAUGUAUGUGUUUUUGACUUUACCAA